GUUAUGUUGACUUUGCGGCAUCCUAAUGUUGUUUUGCUGGUUGGAGCGCAGACUAGGUUGAAGCCGUUGAGAAUACUUACGGAAUUUUGUUCUGGCGGGUGUUUAUAUGAUUUACUUCAUGUGAGAAGAGGAGUUCAGCUGAGUUGGAAACAACGAGCGGUUAUGAUGUUGGACAUCGCGAAAGGUAUAUAUUUUAUGCAUUCAGCGCGACCACCGGUUAUUCAUAGGGAUAUCAAGUCGUUGAAUCUCUUACUAGAGCAGCCCGUGUGGGUCGUGAGUGGACCUAUUCCGUAUCUUACAUGGUUGAACCUAAGAUACCACCAGGAGGAUCCAAUACGUGUUAAGAUUGCCGAUUUUGGAACUGCUCGAUUGGAAAAGGAAGUCGCAGCUGAGCUCACUGAAGCUGCUGGUACGUUCCACUGGAUGGCCCCUGAAGUUUUACAAGGAGAAGUUUAUGAUGAGCGUUGCGAUAUUUAUUCUUUCGGGAUAACAUUAUACGAGAUCAUCACUCGAGAGUUGCCGUUCAGGGACGCUGAGAUGUCGGGAAUGGCG